UUAGUUAUCAACAAUAAUGAAAACCAUCACAAACCAGGAAACCAUUAAACCAUCGUCCCCAACGCCACCUCACCUCAACCGUUAUAAUCUUUCAUUCAUUGAUAACAAGAUUCCCAACUUUCACUUACCAUGGGUUUUCUUGUACAAAAACUACAACAAGGAUGACAUUAACAAAUUAAAAAAAUCGUUGUCAAAAUGUUUAACACAAUACUAUCCAUUCGCAGGUAGGCUUCCGUCGCCUUCUGCGUCUUACGUCGAAUGUAACGAUGAAGGAGUUGAGUUCUUGGAAGCUUCUAUCGAUGUUGUUCGGCUCGAAGACUUGGUUCUCAAGAGAGACCCAGACGAGACCAUAAUUAAUAAUGAACUGGUUCCUAACCUUGGUAUCGAAAGUAGUAAUCGUAUGUUGGAGGUCCAAGUGAACCACUUUUCUUGCGGUGGAGUUGCAGUGGCGGUUUCCAUCUCACAUAAAAUUGCUGAUGGGUUCACGAUGGCCAACUUGGUCAACCACUGGGCCACUGUUACACGCGGCGGAUCGCCAAUAAUAAACCCAACUUUUGUUUCUGCACCCGUAAGAGAUGCUACUACUACUACUACUAAUGUUCAUCAAGAUGAUCAUCAAUCUGUAAUGAAAAAAGUACCAUCCAAAGAUAAGUAUACGGCGAAAAGAUUUGUGUUUUCGAAUUCAAAAUUAAAUGAUCUAAAAAACAGGAUAAAUAAUAUGAAUAUAACUCCAUUGAACCCUAGUCGGGUCGAAUCAUUAACAUCUCUACUUUUUAAAUGUGCGGUGAAUGCAGCCACAACGAAAGCAGGAGGCUCUUUUCAGCCUUCAAAUUUGAGUCUAAUGGUGAACAUGAGGGAAAAGAUUUCUAGUACGACCGUUUCUCUUAAAAACGCCGUAGGAAACAUACUGAACUUGGCGAUUGCAAAGAUGGCCGAUAAUUCGAGUGAAAUAAUCCACUUGCACGAGGUGAUUACUCGUUUGAGGAAAGAUAGAAUGGAGAUCGAAGGGGCAGCUGUAAGAGAUGUCGAGGAACUAGGCGAAAUGUAUUUCAAAAGAAGAACAGGAUUUCUACAACACGAUCAAAGUCAUCGAGUUUAUGGCUGUACGAGUCUAUGUAACUUUUCAUUUUACGGGGUGGACUUUGGGUGGGGAAACCCUGUGCGGGUAAUCUUACCGUUUCACAAUUGGGAUGAUUCAAGCUAUUUUACAUUGAUGGAUGCGGCUUCCGGAGAUGGUAUUGAAGCAACGGUGAUAUUGGAAGAAGGAGAAAUGGCUCAUUUUCAAAAUGAUAAAGAUCUUGCAUAUGUCCAGGAUUAGUAACCAUAAUGACAAAGCAGAUCGAUCAGAACGAUCGAUGCUGAGCCAACAGCAAAAGAGCGUCUCCCGGCCUUAGUAUCAAGUCAUUUAUAAGACGUACUUUCUCCCUCUUGUCAAUAUAUGGGUGAUAUCUUUUAAUUUGUGCUUUUACACAUAUAAUGUUUUAUUCAAGUGUUUUAAUGUCAUUGUUAUUUCGUCAAUGAAUAACGAAGUAUUACGAGUAA